CGGAAAUGGGAGAGAAGAAGCGAUCCGUGUGGUGAUUGUUCAUGUCGGCGAAGCACAUAACGGCGAACAGGACGGACAAGAGCAACGGCAUGCACGGCGGAGACGCUUUUGACGCCUAGUCGUCGGCGAUCGAAGAGGUCCUAGCGCUGCGGCUGAAGGAGAAGGGGCUCGGAAGUGGGGUCCACAUCGACGCUCUGCAACGGCAGUUGCGGCUCGUCUUACGGUCUCAGUUCUUAUUUGGGCCCUCUAUUUGGGCCUUUCAUUUUGAUUUGGGCUUUACUGCUAAUAUGAGCCCAGUUAUAAACUCGAGAGGUGCCACCUAGCUGCUCGAAAAUGUGAGGUGAGGAGUGUAGAGGAGAGGAGAGGAGAGGAGGGCUGGUUGACUUGGGAAAGUGUGGUCUGGGGAGGAGGAGAUUUGGACGAUUUGGAGGGAAGCCGGAUAAUUUUGCUUCGUCAUGACCAAUAUACCCAUGGUCUAUUUUGAUAAUCCAAAAUUACCCUCUUCCCAGCAAAACCUAAAUGCAUCAUUUCUGUCGAUUGCACAGGCCGCUGUCUCUUACUUCCUCUGUUCGUCUUGCCCCAGAGAAGCUCCACCACCGUCAUUGCUGCGCCAAUCGGCGCCGUCGCCGUCGCCGUUAUCUGCAGCGUCCAACAGCGCCGCCGCUGACCUCUGUUUCUCCACCGCAGCGGGUGGAUAAUUCAUGGAAUGAAAGAUGUGGCUCGUGAAAACCCUAAUUGACAUGUGGGCUUGAAUAUGAACCAUGGAGAAAGAGCUGCAGGUGAUGACUUUGGGCGAGCAGUGUCAAAGGUGGUGGUUGCGCAGAUAUGCGAAAGCACUGGAUUUCACAGCAUCAAAGAGUCUGCCUUGGAGGCUUUUGCUGACAUUACGAUCCGAUAUCUCUUUGACUUGGGUAAGAUGGCAGAGUUCUAUGCUAACUUAGCUGGUAGAUCAGAAUGUAAUGUGUUUGAUUUGAUUCGAGCGCUGGAAGAUUUAGAAGCAACUCAAGGGUUUUCUGGUGCAUCUGAGCCUAGUCAAUGUCUUGCUGGCUCUAGCACAGUAAGGGAUAUUAUUCAUAUAGUUGGUUCAGGGGAUGAGAUUCCAUUAGCUCAGCCAAUACCACAAUUUCCAGUGAUUAAGGACCGAAGUGCCAUCCCGAGCUUCAUGCAAAUGGGCGAGACACCGCCUUCCAAGCAUAUACCUGCUUGGCUGCCUGCUUUCCCUGAUCCCCACACUUACAUUCACACACCCAUGUGGAAUGAGAGGGCCACAGGUCCUCGAGAAGAUAAGAUUGAGCAAGCAAGGCAGCGGAGGAAGGCUGAAAGGUCUUUGUUGAGUUUGCAGCAGCGGCUGCUAUGCAAGAGUUCAGCAGACACACUGACAUUGAAUAUACGAGGUGGUGCUGCCCAAGAUCCAGAAUCAGUUAUAAAGAAUCCAUUCCUUCAGACUCCUAUGGCAUCAGGGGAUGGAGAAGUUUCUCCCAUUAUCUUACCCUCAAAGCUUUCAGAUGAAAUUGCUGGUGCAAAUCAUGUUUCUGUGCUAGACGCAUUUGCUCCUGCAAUUGAGGUAGUGAAGAGUGGUAUGACUGAUGGGCAGGAAGACAAAACAGUUCUUCCUGGGGUUAGGCCUACUGUUCAUUUCAAGUUCAGGAUUGGGAAGAAGCUUAUUGGUGAGUCUUUGGAUUCUAGACAACAGAAGAAGAAUACUGAGCAAGAGCAGAUGACAUCUUUAACUGGCCGAGAAGAAGAGAGAGAUGAAAAAAAGAGGAGAGCCGAGUAUAUUCUCAAACAGUCCAUGGAAAAUCCACAAGAGCUCACUCUUCUGUAGAUUAGUUUAUAGACUGGCUUGCUUGAUGAGAGUCCAGGGGCUGAACGAGUUAACAUAAGCUAGCAUAACCAGUGGGCUUCGCUUCCUCUAUGCUCGUGAAUGAAUGUCUUCUAUCUUCUGGUGAGGAUUUUAUAACAAUGUGACAGUGACUUACCUGUAGAACAUUCUAAACAAGCAUUUAGGGCAGUUAAUUUGUUUCUUGCAGUUUAGCAAUGAUUUGGUUGUAGAUCUUGUAUUUAUACAUGAGGGCCUUCUGUUUACAUCUUGUAUUUAAACGGUUAAUUGAAUUACUGAAUUCAUUUACUGAA